CAAGGAAUGGACGAUGUUUCUCAUUUUCAUGAUUUAAACGUUUUUGUCGUGUUGGUGAGUAAGGAAGCCGGAGUGCAGGAUGUCCAAAUUAUGGCAGCAUCCCUACGUAAAUCUUUUUAAACAUUAUAACAUCUCAGAGUGGAAGAAAUGUGCAAAAGAAGGGGAUGUUACUGCCAUUAUGGACAAGCAGUUAAAAUGCACAGUUUAUCGUAUCACUGGUUCAAUUCCUGCUGGGAACUACAUUCAGUUUCCACGUACAUCAACACAGUCGCUAAGCCUAACUGGAAGACAUCUUUACGUCCUGUUUAAACCGAUAUCAGGGAAAUAUUUUGUGACGCAUAUUGAUGUCGCUACUGAGGAUGGUUUGGCGAUAAGAAUCUCGUUCUCAAAUCUUUUCAAAGAGUUCAAAUCCACAUCGACCUGGUUGCAAUUUCCGUUUGUGCCGAGGCCCCCACCUGGAUCCCUUGAUGAGGCAAUCUUGGCGACUUCCACAAGUCAAGACAACCUUGGUCAUGUCUCUGUUUCCACACGCUACACAUUCCUUAUGCUUGAUCUAAAAUACAUUGUCUCAUUUUACCUGAAUAAGAAGUACUCUUACCUGAAGAACAUACGUCUGUGUGCAAAUAUGUUCGUCAAAGGUCUCUUCACCAGUGACACAGACUAUGAACCAGGACUCUCCAUCAGCGAGGCUCGAAGGCUUGGACUCAUUUCAACUGGUUAUGUCCCAGUCCCCAGAGACAUGGCGUUUCAUGUGCCCAAGGGGGCAAACUGGAGUGAUCUGUAUGAUGUCAUCAAAUUUCCUGGAAAGAGUAAGCCGUCUGUAAAGAGCAUAGGUAUAAUUCAUGGAAAUGGUAUGGAGGACAAGACUUUAGUCCCAGCAUCUGAUCAAAGCGACCAUCAACCAAGAGAUCAUCAGGAGAAUAACUGCAAACAACAUCAAGCAAUCUCCUCAAGAGUUGCUCUGGUUGACAAACUUAGCCCAAAGAAAAGUGUGAGAAAGAGGAGACAAGUGGUUGCAACUCAUGUUCCUGUGGCAGGUUUAGAAGUCCCAGUUGGAGUUCAAACGAAAGAUCAUCUUGACACUCAAGUUUACGCUUACAAAUCAUCGAAGAAAGUUUCUUCACCUGGCAAAGACUCUUCCGUUGAGAACGACAGAAAACAACGAGAGAGCAAACAUAAGAAAAAAAUAAUGUUUUCCAACACGGAAGAGCCGGAAAAACAAGCCAGACCUCAAACAACUCGUUCCGGAUUCAAGAGUCUAAAACCGGAUCCAAUCUUAAAACUAAAACGUAUCGUUGGUUACGGUGGCGCAACGUACAAGGAGGUGCUGUGGACAAGGAAUGGCGCAUGCGUGGUCUAUCCAAGCCACGCAAUCAUCGUAUCCAUGGAAAUAUCCACUGGCCAUCAACGCUUCUUUAUUGGUCAUACUGAUAAGGUCUCAGCUAUCACCUUCAAUGGCAACACUUCAAUUCUCGCAUCGGGUCAACUAGGACAGUCCACAGUCAUUCGCAUUUGGAGAUAUCAUUCAGGAGAUUGCAUCGCGAUAUUCAACUCUCAAGUUCGAAGUCUUCAUUGUCUCAGUUUCUCCAACAGCGGCGGCGUUCUGUGUGGUUGUGGUAAGGACAACCAUGGAAAACAUAUGGUCGUGGUUUGGGACACUUCACGCUGCGGCAAAUCUGGUGAGGUAUCCGUCAUUACCAAAGCACACACAGACAUCGAUAUUGCUCGAAUCAAGAUCUCUCCAUCUGAUGAUACAAGGAUGGUGUCGUGUGGUGAGGAUAAUAUCAGGUUUUGGAGAGUGAGGCACGGAUCAUUGCGGUCGUGCCCUGUUGAUCUUGGCAGUGAUCACUCUCUGGAGUUUACCGACGUUUGUUUUGGUCAUGAAACUGUCGAUCACAAUAGUAAAAAACACAAAAUGAUUUUUGUUUCCUGCAAACAAGGCACCGUAUUUGAGAUCAACUGUGAGCUAAUUGUUAUCCACAAGAUUCAUCGGCUUCUGCCGACGGGAAAUCGACAAGAUCUCGUCAAAUUGACGACCAGUGAAUCUGGGAUUGGUAUUAAUUGUAUAUCAGUGAACGAGGCUUUCUGUGUCACUGGAUCUGCCGAUGGUUUCCUGAGAUUGUGGCCCCUGGAUUUCUCAGGUGUGAUCCUGGAGGCAGAACAUGAUGGUCCUGUAUCAGCUUUGGAUAUCAACUCAGAUGGGCUCUCUGUUCUUGCUUCAACGCUAACGGGUAAUAUUGGAAUAUUGGACAUCUCCAGCCGUUCUUACAAGACUUUGAUGAGAUCACACACGGAACAAAUUUUGGACUGUUCAUUUGACCCGACACGACGUUGCCUGGUAACCAUAUCUGAUGACGAAACCAUCCGUGUCUGGGACUUGGACAACCUCUGCCAGCUGUUUGACUUCAGAGCAGCCAACGAGAAACCAUGCACAGUCGCCUAUCAUCCUCAUAAACAAAUAUUUGCUUGUGGCUUCCGUAAUGGCGCAGUUCGCGUGUUCAAUAUCGCCACAGCUAGUAUGUUGUCAGAACACAAGGAACAUAAAGGGUCUAUAACUGGUCUAGCUUUCUCACCAAACGGUGAACAUAUGUACACUGGUGGAUCGCAUGGGGUCCUAGCGCUGUAUGAGGGGUCAACAGAGGACUUUAGUGUACAACGGAUGUUAGUGAACACGGUGGUACGAGGGGAACAUUUUUCCCCCGAUGUUCUAGCAGUCAGUCAGGAUAGUCAACGCCUGGCAGUGAUUGGUCCGUCAGAGUACCUGAUUACUGUCAUGGAUAGCAGGACUUUGAACGAGGUUCUUCGUAUUGAUAUCACGACAAUGGACACAGACAAUGGCAAGACAAACGUGGACACAGCAGUCAGAUUGUGUUAUGCCCCGGCUUCGUUAAGACAACUUUUGGUAGUCACUGCAAGUUGUAGACUGUUGAAACUUGAUGCAUACACAGGACAGUUGCUAAGUGAGGUCACAAAUAUUCAUCGCUCUAAAUGCACAAGUCUCGAUCCAUUCUCGACCGGACAUUUCCUUGCAACAGCUGGCGAUAAGGUGGUCAAGAUCUGGGAUUACCACAUGAGAAUGGACUUGAAUUUUCAGGUUUUCAUUGGCCAUUCAGAAGCGAUUGUGAAGGUUUGUUUCACUCCAGACCUUCUCGGUCUAGUCAGCAUCGGAGAGGCUAUCUUCAUAUGGGAUUUCCUUGGAGAUGGCCGUGUUACAAAGGAACCUGGCGGAAGAGAAGAGCCGAAGAAAUAUCUCAGGGAUGAACCAGACAAAAGUGUUCGAGUUUCUGGUGAUAUGACGUCACAUCAAGCAGUUAUCGACGAUUCGGAAUAUAGUCCCAGGCCACCGGUGAUUGCGACCGAGUUACCUCCACAGCCUCGUCCUAGUCCAUCGCCUAGCAAACCGAGCAAGGCUCUGGUAACCUCUCCAGUGAAACAGGUCAACCUAGUGGAUAGUUUUAAUCCUUUGGUCACCAAUGCAACGACCGUACCACAAAAUACUCCGGAGAAAAAACAAAGGGAAGAAGACGUGGUAAGACCAACAGGUCAUUCAAAACAGUCAACCAUGACUCAUCCAAGUCCUGCUGUUUCAAAACACUAUAAAAGACGCAAAAGUUCAUCCGCUCUGCCUGAGAGGAAGUAUACUGCUCCACCAAGUCAGGCUGGCCUCUCCCUGGAGGCUAUCUUGGAUUACAAUGGAGACGGGCGUGGUAAUCUCUGCUGGCAUCCCGAAACAGGGUUAUUUGUGUACACCAGUGGAUGUAUCGUCAUAGUUGAGGAUCUUCACGAUGGUCAGCAAAGACACUUGCUCCGCCAUGUUGAGGAAAUCUCAACGCUCGCAUUACAACAUGACGUUCAAGUUCUGGCCUCUGCUUCAGGAUCGUCUGACAUGGUUGCCUCUCGUAUCUGUAUUUGGGAUAUACAUUCAGGCACUUGUAAAAAGGUCCUGACGUACCAUGCCUACGAAGUUGUAUGUCUAGCUUACUCUCGCGAUGACCGAUUCCUUAUCUCAGUUGGGGAUUACAGGGAAUGUUCAGUGGUAAUAUGGGGUACCAAGGACUAUAAUGUACUCACAUCAUCCUACACCAACACUCCUAUCCACGACCUUUCAUGGGACCCUUAUACCAUGAAUGAGUUUGUGUCUGUCGGACAAGAUGGUAACGUCUUGUUUUGGUUGCUAGACGAGACCCGUGGUUCGUUUAAUUUGAACGUUUGUGAAGCGAAAGUUCCAGAAGAUUUACUCUAUGCUUGUAAGGAGGUCGAUUCUAUGGUUCAUUUCACAAGUGUCCGUUAUGCUGGUGAUAGCAUUCUUUAUGUUGGUAAUAGCGCUGGAAUUUUAUCAGCAUGGGACACCAGACAAAACAAAUGUUUUAUUCAUUGGGAAGCUGAUGACGCAGAAAUAGACAUAAUAGUUUGUCAUCGUGGCUCGUUAAUUACCGGUAGCUCUUCGGGACAUCUUCGUUUGUGGUCGGUAGUCGGUGUCGGUGAGAUGAGAUUACCGGGUGAAAACAAUGUAUUGAGUCAGAAUGGUUUGGUGAUUGAAGAUGAGAUGUCUCUGGAUGCUGGUGUAGUUUCAGCAUCGUUCGAUGCCUCGUUAGAAAUGGGUAUUGUUGGGACUGCUGGAGGAACACUGUGGUAUAUAAACUGGAUGGAGAGAACGAGUAUUCGUCUGGUCAGCAGCCAUAGGAAGAAGAUCAAUUCUCUGGUGGUGAGUGGUCCGGACGAUAAAUACUUUGCUACUUGUUCAGACGAUGGUAGUUUGAGAGUUUGGACGGCUGAUGAACUCGAGCAAACUCUGCAGUUUCAAGUCAUGGAUCAGAAAUGUAAUUGCGUGGCUUUUUGUCCAACGCCACAGCCAGAACCAACAAAGAGUCUAACUAGUGAUGGUCAGGUCUUAGCCACAGUUCAUCCUCAUGAGAAACCAGUUGAGAAACCAUUGAGGCCGUCUCACUGUGUGGCUGGUUACGAUGAUGGUACGCUCAGGUUGUUUGAUCUGGGGAGAGUUGAGAUGAUUAUGAAGAUUCAUCCUCAUGGAGGGGCAGUGACUGCUGUUACAUUCUCUGCUUAUGGUCGUGUUUUCAUGAGUGGUGGCUCAGAUGGUGUUGUGGCGAUCAGUAGUCCUGCAACUGGUCUCACGGUCCGCUUGAUUCAAGAUCAUAAAGGAGCACCGAUUACAGACAUGGAUAUUGCACCUGAACAGGAUCAUCAUCCGUCGUUCAGCUCACCAAGACUGUGGCUCAUUGCAAGCGCUGAUCGUAGAGUGAGCGUAUGGAGCACUGAUUGGUCGAAAGAUUUCUGCGAGCUCGUUGAUUGGUUAACCUUUCCCGCGCCAAACUUUGCACCAGAUGGCACAGCUUUGAAGAAAGAUGCCGUGUCUUCGUAUUCUCAUCUUCCACCAAGCUUAGCGAGGUUUUCUCCCAGUGAACCUGAUGUGAUAGUGUAUACAGGCUAUGGACUGAGAAAACAAAUACAGUUCUACAGUUUAUCACAGAGGAAGGUAUUCCGAACUAUAUCGUUAACACAGUGGGCUUCGUGUCUUGAAAUCUCACCUAAAGGUCAUUUGAUAGCCAUUGGAACUAAAGAACGUUUAGUAAAAGUUCUUGAUUAUCAUGAGGGAAGCUUUCAAGAUUUUGAUGGACAUUGUAAUGCCAUCUCUACUGUACAAUUCUCUCCUUCCGGAGAAAAACUCUUUUCUGUUGGAUUUUCUGACGUCGUUCUCUGGAAAGUUGUAAUAUAAAGUAAUCUGUUUUCUAAAAGAAGACAUUUGUGGUAAUGACAUGCUCUGGAAGAGAGUCAAUCUUCCUGGAAAUAGGUGGAUAGCUUAUUUAAAUGAAAGGCGAAUAUUUUUCUGCCGUUGACCACUACUGGUCGUGCACGACAUGAAAUUCAGGAAGCUUUCUUUUCUUCGAGUUUUUACGAAGAAAUAAAACAA